AAUAACCAAAUUUAUGAAAGACAAUACACAGGCGAAAACACCUUGGAUGAACCAGUUCUACAAACCUUGUCAAGAGAUCUUAAAAAAAUAGGCUAUAGAUUAAUCAGCGUCAUCUGGCCAAAUUCUCUAAGAACUUAUGUGAAAAGCCAGCAAAACAAUCUAUUGACUUAUGCUAGAAACGCAGGCUUGGAUAUCGACAACAUGAAUUUAAAUUUAAACAUAAACAUGAAUAUCCCCAAUAUUCGCUUCUCAUCUUUUGCAAACCCUUCUGCAAAUAACAAUGAUAACACCACCAACGAUAACAGAAUCGAACAAGACAUUGAAACUUCUGCGCUUGAUUCAUUGAAUAUAAAUCCAUUGGACUGGGACUUGUGGGGCCCAUUGAUCUUUAUCUUGUUUUAUUCGAUACUAAUAACGAUCAAAUCUUCUUCAUCUGCUUUAUCGAAUUCUAACGAUUCAACAACAAGGAUUUUCUCAUCGUCGUUUAGUAUAAUCUGGAUAGCUUUUUUCUUAAUCUCCAUCAACAUACAACUAUUGGGUGGGAAAAUCUCCUUAUUCCUAGCAUUGUCAUCAAUUGGGUACUGUCUCUUUCCUUUGGAUAUUCUAGCGCUAGUUUCAAUCUUCGUCAAAUGGUACAUUGUCAAAUUCAUCUUAUGCAUUGUCUUCACCUCCUGGAGUAUAUAUAGUUGCAGUGUUGCUUUAAGCUGCUCAGGCAUCUUGCCCAACAGAAGCUUUUUAGCGAUCUACCCAGUGUGCUUGUGCUACAUUGCAUUGGGUUGGAUGUGUGUUGUUAGUUGA